AUGAAAGAGAAAAUUGAAGCGAUUCUUGCGAUUCAUGAACCACGUUCUCUUGCUCAAGCAAAUAAGUUUAUAGGCGCUCUUAGCUGGUAUCGAAAAUUCAUUCCUCAUUUUGCAACCAUAGCAGCUCCAAUACAUGCUGUAACUAAUUUAACUAAAGAUAGACGAAAUAAGUUUCAAUGGAAAUACGCACAAUCUAAAGCUUUUCAUGAUUUAAAACAAAUGCUAAUCAGUAAACCGUUAUUUCUGCACUAUCCAGUCGAUAAUGUUCCAUUAAUGCUAACUACGGAUGCUAGUGCAAUAGGAAUUGGUGGAGUCCUUCAGCAAGAAAUUGAUGGUGAAAUUCAUAAUCUAUACUAUCACUCUCAAUUGAUGACUCCAUGUGAACGUAAAUAUAGUGCAAUUGAGAAAGAAGCUUUAGCUAUCUAUAAGUGUUUUGCUCGAAUGCGUACUUUCCUAUUAGGUCGUAAUAUUAUUCUUAGAACCGAUCAUUGUCCAUUAUGUCAUAUAAUGGAAAAAACAGUUCGUAAUGCUAGAGUCGAUCGAAUAACUCAUUUGAUUCAGGAAUACAAUAUUCAUAAAGUAAUUCAUAUAAACGGACGUGAAAAUUGUCUUCCUGAUUUUCUCUCGAGAUACUCAAAUGAUGUUUUUGACGAUCUUUUCGAAAUUGAUUAUGGAUUAGAAAGUAAAAAGGACCAUAAUCCAUCAUUAUCUUUAUCAGCUAAACGGGUAGCAAGCUCAUUUUCAUCUCAACAUAAGAAAAAUAAAAACUUACUUGCUACUAUGACAUUAAGAUCGCACUCUAAACAGCAUAAUUCCAUUCCGACAAAGGCUACACUUGAUAAUAAAAUCGUUACCGAAAACCAGUCAAAUGAUGAAUCACUUAUGGAGUUUUCAUCGGAUACUUCACUUCCAAAAAGGUUUUCAUUUAAUCAAUUCGAUUUAAGUAAAUUGAAAGAAGAGCAAGAAAAAGAUCCUAUUAUACAAGGUAUUGCUAAACAAAUUCGUACUAAUAAAAAUAGCGUUCCAUUCGUCUUCAAAAAUAAUAUUGUUUAUAAAGUAAUCACACCUUCACGUCACUCUAAACGAAAUAUAGAAGUAAUAUAUCUACCAUCAUCCAUGAUAGAUUCCUUACUUCAAGCUUGUCAUGACGAUCCUAUGUCAGGAGCACAUUUCUCUUUCGAUCGUACAUAUAAUAAAAUAAAAAAUCUUUAUUGGUGGCCUGCUAUGAAGUCCACCAUAAGACGUUAUAUUCAAUCGUGUCUAUUGUGUAAGCAGUACAAUAUUAGUCGUCAAAAGAAAUAUGGAUACUUACGUCCUAUCAAUCCACCUGAGGGACCCUUUCUUCUGAUUGGAAUUGACUAUUGCGGUCCUUUGAAACGUACGCCACGUGAAAAUCAGUAUGUCCUAGUAAUCACUGAUUAUUUCACUCGUCAUGUUACCGCAGUAGCAUUACCUAAUUGUACUGCUGAAACUACUGCUCAAGCACUCUUCAAUGAAUACUUUUGUAAAUAUGGAGUACCAGCAGUCAUUUUAAGUGAUCAAGGAUCACAUUUUCGAAAUCAGCUGAUGGAGAAUAUUAAAGUUCUUAUCGGCUAUAAUCACUCCUAUAGUACUCCAUAUCACCCCCAAACUAACGGUAUUGUUGAACGUUUCAACGCUACGUUUAUUCCCCAGAUAGCUAAACUACAAGAUACCCAAGAUAAUAAUUGGGACGAGUACCUUCAGGCAGUCGUUUUUGCCUACAAUACGGGUAUUCAUAAAACAACAAAAUAUUCCCCUUAUGAGUUGAUAUAUGGUCGCUCACCUCGCUUACCCAUUAAUGCACGACCAUCAUGCUUCUCAUUUUCUAAACCAAACGAUUAUUUUGAGCAGUUAAAAAGAACUUUGCGCAUUUAUCACCAAGCCGCACGACACCAUAUAAUUUUGCAACAACAAAAUAAUAAAUAUAUGUAUGAUCGUAAUCGUCUAGAUCCGCAGUACAAAAUUGGUGAUAAAGUAUUAACUCGUAUGCACAAUAGUUCCGGAAAGUUAGACUCGAAAUUUUCACCUAUACCGAAGGUGAUAACUCAAGUAUAUCAUCCGAUAUAUGAAGUACAAGAUGAAGAAAAUCAUGUAUAUUCGCAGGUACAUGUUGCGGACCUUCGACCUAUUCUAAUUGCCUGA